GGCAUUGUGAAAGCCCUACAAGAAAUCGCUUCAGUGCCUCCCCUGUGACAUGGAGCGACAGGCAUGAACACAGAGCACUCGGCUGGCAGCUCAGGCAAGGAUGGAGUUCUACAGGACUGCUUACUAUCCCACCUGCAGACUAUGGAUGGACUGGCCCCUGCUCUUCCUGUAUCUGGCAUGUUACCAAGGUGCAGUAAGAGCAUUUUCGGUCUCAGCUCUGUACUCACAUAUUACCUGCCCUGAAGGUCAAAAUGUCAACUUCACAUGCACUGUCAGUGGCCAAGUGGCUGAUAAGCACGAUGCCCUGUUUUCCUUCUGGUAUUUCAGUAAAGACAAAGACUCAAACUGCCCUGAGAGGAGGCACAUACGGAACACAACUGAGUGGGAUCACCACCACAAAGAGCACCCUUCACACCGCAUGCAUAACGGAGCUUUCCAAAUAAUGCUCACAAAUGUGUCUCAGCAGGAUAGCGGGGGUUACUGCUGCUAUUUGGUAGAAGCUAUCAAAAAGCAUCACACCAGGCAUACGUCUCACAGUUACAUAGAAUUUCAAGUGAAAGCUGAUGGCCCGAACCUUUAUACCUGUAUAUUUCACAAGCCUAUGAAAGACGACAACAGCAGCACAGCAGCAGCACUGGCUAUAGUUUCCUGUGUGAUUGGAGUGUUGUGUAUGCCUCUCAUACUAUUCCUCGUUUAUAAACAAAGGCGAGCAAUCAGCCACAGAAGAGCACAAGAAUUAGUCAGGAUGGACAGUGAAGCCCAAGGCAUUGAAAAUCCAGUCUUUGAUGAUCCUCCUCUAGCAAAUGUUGUGGAGCAGAGACCAAGGCUGGCAUUCAUGGCCAAUCGUCAGCAGUCAGAAUCUGACCGCCACCUCCUUUCUGAACCCAACACCCCUCUUUCUCCCCCAUGUGCAAAUGAAUGCUUCUUCCCAUCUCUAGAACCAGUUCCAGAUUCACCAGACCCAGAAAAUGUUUAGAGCUAUACUGCAAUAAAUCUGGAUAGAGACAAGUAAUAUGGGAUUUUACACAGAUUUUCUACGCUGCCAAAUCGGAACACAUGGGAAACGAGUGACUAACUGGAUGGCUGGGUCACAUGCAGGACAACUGUUUCUUUAAAAAUGUUACCGACGCUGGACCAAAAACAUUUUGUAGGGUGAAUGUUUUUUAUGUAUAUUAGGCAGCUGCAUAUGUGCUAGACAGAAUCAGUUUGUCACAGUUACAUAAAAUUGUCAAUU